UUGCUUUGCGCGCAAAGCAAGGGAAACGCGACUCCGGCUGAUUUUGCAUUAUCUCGAUCUUGUGGCAUAUAUGUUUGGCUGCUUUCCCAGAGCCAUACCAAACUUACUCGUCUUGGAUAUUGGAUUACUUGUGUUUGGUUUCUAGCUUGGUUCGGUCUAAAAACCUAAAGUUAUAAUUCACUGUUUGGGUAGCGCAUCAUGGCGACUCAAUUCAAUGUCUUCAGCAUGCAUAUUCCCCCACUUUACGCCCUCAUUCCCAGUUGCCUGGCUGUCCUAACUGUCCUCUAUACACUUUCCCGUGUGAUAUACAACAUUUACUUCCACCCCCUCGCAUCCUACCCCGGCCCCAAAUCCCACGCCUCCACACGCCUCCUCUACGUCUACUAUCAUCUCACCGGCCAACUCCCCUACAGAUGCCACCAACUCCACACAACCUACGGCGAUGUAGUACGUAUUGCCCCCGAUGAGCUAUCCUUCACCAACGCCGAUGCCUGGAAAGACAUCUACGGCUACCGCCAUGGCCACCAGCCCAUGCCCAAGGACAUGUCCUUCUACAACAUCCCCUCCAACGGCGCCCAUAGCCUCAUCACAGCCAGCCGCGCCGACCACUCGCGCCAACGCCGUCUCAUCGCCCAUGCCUUCUCCGACAAAGCACUGCGCGAGCAGGAGCCCCUAAUCAAGGGGUAUGUUGACCUGUUGAUCCAGCGCCUGCAUGAGCGCUCCAGUACCGGUCCCCUCGAUAUGGUAUCUUGGUACAACUGGACGACCUUUGACCUGAUCGGCGACCUUGCGUUUGGAGAGUCCUUUGGGUGUCUGGAAAACUGCACCUACCACCCGUGGAUCAGCAUGCUCUUCUCCACUAUCAAAGCCGGGGCCUUCCUCAGUUCCUUAAAGCGCUAUGGCAUAAAGUGGAUGAUGGUGGUGCUGGUUCCGAGGGGGCUGCUGAAGAGUAGGUCGGAGAAUCUGCAGCUGACGAAGCAGAAAGUCAUGAAACGCCUCGAGCAGGGGACUAGUAGGCCGGAUUUCAUGAGCCAUAUCCUUCGUCACAAUGAUGAGAAGGGGAUGAAGGUCCCGGAGAUUAUAACCAAUUCUACCCUGUUGAUCGUGGCGGGGUCGGAGACUACGGCGACGCUGUUGUCGGGCGCGACGUAUCAUCUGCUGAAGAAUCCGAGGGUGGUGAAGAAGUUGCAGAGAGAGGUUAGAGAAGCAUUUAAGGUAGAAGAGGAUAUUGAUAUUGCUGGGGUGAAUGGCCUCGAAUAUAUGCUGGCAGUUUUGGAUGAAGCGUUGCGGAUGUACCCUCCUGUACCGACGGGGCUGCCACGUCGUGUUCCAGGAGACGGUGAUGUUAUUAACGACCGAUGGGUUCCAGGAGGAACAGCGGUGUCAGUAAACAACUGGUCUACCUACCGCUCCGAAGCCAACUUCCGAGAGCCCAACUCGUUCAUUCCCGAACGUUUCCUCGACGAUCCUCGCUUUGCUUCAGAUAAUAAGCACGCACUGCAACCGUUCAGCCUCGGACCCAGAAAUUGCGUUGGCCGAAACCUCGCCUACGCCGAGAUGCGUCUAAUCCUCGCACAGGUGCUCUGGAAUUUCGACAUGGAGCUGGCACCGGAGAGCGACAACUGGGCUAACCAGAAGAUAUUUUCGUUUUGGCAGAAAGGGCCACUGUAUGUUAAAUUGACGCCGGUAGUGAGGUAGUCAAAGGGAUGGAGGCCGGAGUUAUUGUGCCACUCAACCGCCUGUAGAAGGAAUACGUGGAACAGUCGUGUUUACAGCAAUAAUAAGUAAUAUAAAUACCC